AUGGACAGUAAGCCGGUCGUGGCAGAUGAACGAGCCUCAGGCGAUCCUCAGUCCGCGGAAGAGGCCCAGCUGAACGUGGCCAUGGAGCGGCUCAAGGUCCUCUACUCGAAAGCGCGGGCCUUGCGAGAUACCAUUCCCAGGAUGCUCGAGCCGUUGGUCCAGAAACACCCAUCUCCCGACGUGAUGUUCAACGCCUUUAUGAAGGCUGUGGAAGAUGCCCAGGCUGACGUCAGGGACUUUACCGAGCUUAUGAAGGACGAGGAAAGCAAGCGGGUGUUUGCGCAGGCCGACAAGAGCCGCGAAGAGAACCCGUUUGGUAUCAAGCCCUGGAAGCAUACGGCGGAUCCAGACUGGUUGAAGACGGAUGCCUAA